AUGGCCGAAUCCGGACGAAACAGCGGGGGCGACCUCUUUGAUAUGGCACAGAAGGGAACGAAGGUACCAGAGGACUCGGCACAGCCUAGAACCAUACCCUCAGUGGCACGGCCAGAUCAGGUAGCUUCGGCUAAUGAUCCGAACGCGCUUGGAGGUUCAACUCUUGCAGGCGCUGCAGACAAUGCGGGCGACAUUCCGAGGACCACCAGGGAUACAUCUGCACAAGAUAUCCUGACAGGAACUGGAGAUACUCUACCCUCCACGGUAGACUCCAAGAGGCUGCAUAAUGUCCCAGGAGGAGUCACUCACGACCCGUACGCGAAAGGCUCAACCCGCAUGACCGAACAUAAGGUUCAGCCCAACGACUUUGAACAAGGCGCGUCGGAUGGACCGCGUACAGACCGAGCUCCUGGCCAGGAAGACCUGAGCGACGAGGCGGCGAUGGAUCGAAUUGAGCGCAAGGACAACCCCUAA